AUGAGAAGGAGACGAGAGAGAACGCACAACAAAGUGACUGUAGGAACCGUUUUGUUUUCUUUCUUGGUCCCGCCUAGUGGCUGGGGCAUAGUGACUGUGACUUUAAAUCUGUUCUAUCUAUCUAUCUAUCUAUCUAUCUAUCUAUCUAUCUAUCUAUCUCAGCUUGUUCAUUAUCUAUCUAUCUGUCUAUCUAUCUAUCUAAGGUUGUUCACUAUCUAUCUAUCUAUCUAUCUAUCUAUCUAUCUAUCUAUGGUUGUUCAUUAUCUAUCUAUCUAUCUAUCUAUCUAUCUAUCUAUCUAUCUAUCUAAGGUUGUUCACUAUCUAUCUAUCUAUCUAUGGUUGUUCAUUAUCUAUCUAUCUAUCUAUCUAUCUAUCUAUCUAUCUAUCUAUCUAUGGUUUUCCAUUAUCUAUCUAUCUAUCUAUCUAUCUAUCUAUGGUUUUCCAUUAUCUAUCUAUCUAUCUAUCUAUCUAUCUAUGGUUUUCCAUUAUCUAUCUAUCUAUCUAUCUAUCUAUGGUUUUCCAUUAUCUAUCUAUCUAUCUAUCUAUCUAUCUAUCUAUCUAUCUAUUCUAUCUAUCUAUCUAUCUAUCUAUCUAUCUAUCUAUCUCAGCUUCUUUAUAUCUAUCUACCUAUUCUAUGUAUGUUUGCUAAUAUCUAUCUAUCUAUCUAUCUAUCUAUCUAUCUAUCUAUGUUUGUUAAUAUCUAUGUUUUUAAUGUCUAUGUUAAUAUCUAUCUAUCUAAGUUUCUUAAUAUCUAUCUAUCUAUCUAUCUAUCUAUCUAUCUAUCUAUCUAUGUUUGUUAAUAUCUAUGUUUUUAAUGUCUAUGUUAAUAUCUAUCUAUCUAAGUUUCUUAAUAUCUAUCUAUCUAUCUAUCUAUCUAUCUAUCUACCUAUCUAUCUAUGUUUGUUAAUAUCUAUCUAUCCUAAAAUGAAAAACCAACCAAAACACUUGAAAAAACCCUGUUUUGUGCGUUAUGGAAGAGACAAAUAUAAUAAAAUUGAACGACUUCAGAAUAUUUGA